AUGCCGCCCAAAAAGGUCGAAGUUGUCGAGGACAAUGUCGUUGCUUUCGGAAGGGUUCGCAAGAACCUGAAGAUGGGAUGCGUUGGUCUGCCCAACGUGGGGAAGUCGAGUCUGUUCAAUCUCUUGACCGAGCAGAGCGCCGCUGCAGAGAACUACCCCUUUUGUACGAUUGAGCCUAACGAGGCGAGAUGUGCUGUUCCCGACGCUCGAUACGACUUCCUCUGCGACCUUUGGAAGCCGCCGUCCAUGUACCCGGCGUAUCUGCAGGUCACCGACAUUGCCGGCCUGAUCAAAGGUGCUUCCCAAGGAGCGGGACUUGGAAAUGCCUUCCUGUCUCAUAUCCAGGCCGUUGACGGCAUGUUCCACAUUGUCAGAGCGUUCGAUAACGACGAAGUUUUGCACGUCGAUGACUCGGUUGAUCCCGUCCGGGACUUGGACAUUCUGCAGAAGACAAUCGUCGCCGAGGAAGCAAUUGUCAGAAAGGCAGGCGGCAAAUUCAAGAUGCUGCCUCUCUUCACGGAGACAACGACAAAGAUCCAAGCGAUGCUGGAGAAGGAUCAGCCAGUCAGAGACGGAAGCUGGACGCCGGCCGAGAUUGCGCUCAUCAACGAGAAGAUACAGCUGAUCACCACGAAGCCGACCAUCUACCUCGUUAACUUGACGAUGAAGGACUACCUCAGACAGAAGAGCAAGUACCUGCCGGCCAUAGCCAAGUGGGUCACCGAGCACGGGGGCGUUCCCCGAGACAUUAUCCCCUUCUCCAUCGAGUUUGAAGAGAAGCUCCACAGCAUGAAGGACGACCCAGCCGCACAGGCCGAGUUUCUCAAAGAGAUCAAGGUCAAGUCCAAACUGGACAAGAUCGUCACCGAAGGGUUUACGAAGCUUGGCCUUCAAUACUACUUCACUGCUGGCGAGAAGGAGAUCAGAUGCUGGACGAUCCCAAGGGGUUGCCUCGCGCCGCAAGCUGCCGGCGCUAUCCACAGCGAUUUCGAGAGGGGAUUCAUCAAAGCCGAAGUGGUCGCCUACCAAGACUUCCACGACCUCUGUGAUGGCGGCAAGUCCAUGGGCCCAAUCAAGGCUGCUGGGAAGUAUCGACAGGAAGGAAAGUCUUAUGUUGUCCAAGACGGAGAUAUCAUCCACUUCCAAUUCAACGUUUCAAACAAGAAGUAA